AAGCCGCGCAUUCAUCGAGGACCUUCACUGGUGCUGCUGAAGCCUGGAGGCUCAGUUGGGAUUCAGCAGGAGCAGCGGCGGCAGACAGGAAAGGGGGGGAAAAAAAUAUUUAAGAGGGUAGGAGGAGGGGAAAAAAUAGAAGAGGAGGAAUUGCUCGCCAGAUUGCAGCCGUUACUUAUUCAUUACUUAUCUAUUUAUUAAUUCUCGAACAACAAAACUGCCAUGGAGGAUUUGUUUUACGCAUGACAACUUCGAGUAACACCUCCAUCUCUUUUAUUCUCACUUCAACUGAACAUCAGUAAAUGUCGCGGAUGCGUCGUGGGCACCGGACCUACCCAGGGGUGUAGCCGCGGUGUUUCUGGUGCGUCGUUUUGCGCUGGCGGAGACCGUGAGAGCGCUCUGCUGUGUAUGAGAGAGAGAGAGGUGGGGGUGGUGGAGGAUCAGCCGCAGUGGCCGACUAGUCAGAAGGAUGCUGGAGGGCAAUGCCUACAGAAAGAGAGGAUGAGAUGUGUCCAAAGGCGCUUGAGCUGCUUUCCGACCUGUGCUCCAAGGGGGAGGUGCAGGACGACCACUGCCUGGAUUACAUCUACUACUUCAGGGACCUGGCCAGACCGCGCUACACGGACUCAGAUGUAUCGGUGAGCCUGUUGUCCCUGCUGGUGACCACCUGUGGUCUGGCUCUUUUCAGCGUCUCUCUCUUUGUCUCAUGGAAGCUAUGCUGGGUGCCACUGAGUGGCCGCUUCCUACCAGAUCUCCUAAAGGGAGUGCACUUCCUGGGAGGAGACCAACAGCCCGUCCUCACAGAGCUGCUGUCCGUCAUACACGUGGACGGGGACGAACGAGAGUACAGCGAGGAUGGCUGUGUAAAGGAGCCUUCGGGACCCCUCAUAGCUGUGGCUGUCCCAGAGUCGGGCCUAAAGAUAAGCCACACGUCGCCUGACAUCCCCCUGGAGAUCCAGACCAAGGUUGAGAAAAGCCAGGUCCACACUCUGGCACGAGACAGGGUCCAGAGACAGAUUACUGAGCCUACUUCGUCCGUACGACACAACUCCAUCCGACGUCAGAUUAACUUGUCCAAUCCGGACUUCAACCCUGCUCAGUUCCAACGCCAAGACUCACUCUCUGGUUUGGGCCGAAUCAAACCAGAGCUCUACAAGCAGCGAUCUGUGGACGCAGAAGAUGGCUGUUGUCCCGACGGCUGUGGGCGUCUCCUCUUUGUCCUGAAGUUUGACUUUGACCUAGAACAGCUGAUUGUGAAGAUCCACAAGGCGCAUGACCUUCCCGCCAAGGACUUCACAGGAACCUCCGAUCCUUACGUCAAGAUCUACCUGCUGCCCGACCGCAAAACCAAGCACCAGACCAAGGUGCACCGCAAGACACUCAAUCCGGUGUUCAAUGAGGUGUUUCUCUUUCCUGUGGCGUACGCCGAGCUGUCAAGCCGCAAGCUACACUUCAGCGUCUAUGACUUCGACAGGUUCUCUCGUCAUGACUUAAUUGGCCAAGUGGUGGUGGACAACUUCUUGGAUCUUGCCGACUUUCCACGGGAGACUAAACUGUGCCGGGAUGUACAAUAUGUGACCUCGGACAAUGUGGACCUAGGAGAGCUGAUGUUCUCAUUGUGCUAUCUCCCCACGGCCGGCAGGCUCACCAUCACCUUGAUCAAAGCCAGGAAUCUCAAAGCAAUGGACAUCACCGGUGCUUCAGAUCCGUACGUGAAAGUGUCCUUGAUGUGUGAAGGCCAGAGGCUAAAGAAGAGGAAGACGUCAACAAAGCGGAACACUCUGAACCCUGUGUACAAUGAAGCCAUUGUGUUCGACGUUCCUCCUGAGAACAUCGAUGAGAUCAGUCUGCUGAUAGCGGUCAUGGACUAUGAUCGGGUCGGACAUAAUGAAGUGAUUGGAGUAUGCAGGGUGGGCAAUGAGGCAGAGACCUUAGGGCGAAACCACUGGAAUGAGAUGCUGUCGUACCCACGGAAACCCAUUGCACACUGGCACCCACUCGUAGAGACUUCCAUGAAAUCAGACUUAUUUUGGUCCCCAGAAGAGUGUCAACUGUGUCACUGCUAAACAUUAUCCUUGGAAAAGUGGGUCGGACAGGGAGCGACAGAGACUGGAAGCCAAGGAGGAUCCACCAAUUCCCUGAAGACACCACCAUCGCCAUGAUCGCACACACACAUAGACAUACACACAGCCUUGGGGUGGUAGAAUGAUGAAGAUGAUAGACCUGCAGAUGACUGAAAUGUUAAUAAUAAUAUAGUGUUACUAACAAGCAACGACAGUAGAAGCAUCAGCUAACAGCCAUUCCACUAAGCUGGUGUGUCAUUAGAUUGACAAGUUUUAGUGUGCUAAGACCGCUGCAAAUCCUCACAUCUUUUGUUCCUCUUCACAACCAAAAACCACUUUAACUACAUUCCAACUGAUCUACUAGAGUGCUUUUAAUUUGACAUUUUUGAGCUGUUGCUGACUGCAUUAAGAGUUCGACCUUUUGAAACAUGUUUUGUGGACCAAAAAUCAUUAAUUUCUAGCUAGUGGUUGUGCUUUGUAUGAGUAAUUAACUUCAACAGAUGCAGUAAGAGUUUCACAGUAGAGAUUUAGAAAGGACAGACAGGGCAUUCCUGUUCAGCUCCCUUUCAACAUUUGUUUCAUGCAGUCACGAUAAAAGGGGAUUUUCUUUAGUCAAAGUUUUAACUCUUUUUGGCAACUUUCUCACAGAAGACUAUAUACAAAUAUGUAAAGUGAUUAGGGUUUGCUACAUCAAUGUUUAACACAUUGCACAGACAGAACAAAAAAGUUUUUUUUAUUAACCACCUGUUAAAAUUUACAUACUUAGUUAACAGGGUGUGGUCAAAAUUAAGAAAACAGGUGUUGGCGGUGUCUGCAAAACGGGCUUCUGGCUAAAGAGCAACUACUAAUGUUUCCCACUGACACAUUCGCAUGCACAAAACAUUCUGGUGUUUGGCCUGAGACCAUAUUCCUAUUAAAAUGUUAACAUGGCUAUGCCAAUUAGUUUUCCCCUUUACAUUUAACCGUAGCUACUCUGAUAAACGUAAGCGAUGACAGAUUUUUCCGCUUUUUUACAUUUUUUAUUCCAUUUUUUCAAUGUCCUUCUUAAAGAGGUCAGUAUUUGCUUUCACAUCUUCAAAAGUCAUCUAGUGAAUACACUAACACCAUAACUGAUGGUAAAGACAAAUCCAAGAAAAUAAAGUUUGAGAAAAGAACAUUUAAUACUCGCUGAGAUGAAAACAUGUUCUCACUUUCAACUCCAAUGGUGACGCUUUGUCAGCCAGUGCCUUUUGGCAUUUCUUUUCAGGUCAGUCGAUAGUUCACACACACUUAUUUGUCCCCCGCUAGACAUGUCAGUUAUGGCCAAACACACUCUUUUCUUAAACUAAAAACCCAAACCUAAAAAAUAAAUUCCCUGCUGUUCAUCUUGAAAAGAAACUAUGCAUGUAUUGGGUCCUUUUGACGGGGGCUUUGGCAUCAUAAUAAAUAAAUAAUAAUGACUAUAUCUUCCCCUUGCUGUGAAAUCUACUUGUAACAGGACUUCCUAUUCGUUUAGACCACACGCUGCUUUUGUUUUAAUAAAGCCAGUGUUUGUUGUUUUGAAAUUCAGACUAAUGCUAGUACUGUUUAUGUCUUUGUAUUAGACACUGUAACGAAUAGCAAUGGUAAUUUGUGUGUGUUUGUAGGGUACACUGCAUGCAUCAUUUUUUGAGUCAUUUUUUAAAAUCUCUUCUGCGUAAACAUCAGAUGUAUUAUGAACUUAAGAAAGAUUGUGUAAAUUGUCCAUUCAGAUGUUGUUAAUACAUUUUUCUCUCUCUAUAUAUAAAUACAUAUAUACAGUAUAUAAACAAACGGAAUGGGUUUAUAGUGAGUGUGAGGGGAUGUCACAGAGAGAGUUCAAAAGAGAGAUUGAAUGAGACAGGUAUAAACACACACAUAUCCCCCUCAGGCCUUUCCCCCCCAACCUCACACAUGUGCUGUGAGCUCUCCCAACCCACUGCUGGGAUUGAAAGUCAUUUGAAGAGCUUCCGACAACACACACACCUUCAAUGGGGACAUAGACGUAGCACACAAUGGGGGUUGAAAUGCCAGGUAAAACACCCACAUGUAUCAUGUUGCUUGUGUAAAGACUCACAGUAGUGAUUUGGGUUCAUUGACACAUUCACCUAGUAAAUGUGGAAUAUUUAGCAAGCGGCUGUCUGCUAAACCACCUGGAAACCUUUUAUAGAAGAAAAGGGUUUGGUACAUUUGCACACUCGUGUUCUUCAAUUUUACUCCCAACUCACCCCGUCACUCCCAGAUUCAUUAUUUUGCAAGUUGCAUCAUUUCCAGUCUCUCAGGUCCAAGUUUAUGAGCAGUUGAGGUGCAAUCUGGCAGCCGCAAUUAUAACAUCGUCAAAGAUUCUCCAAGCAGCGUUUCCGUGUGCAAUGGGGGCUUCUGGCUUUUUACAGUGACAAAAAGGAAAAUAAACAAUUUUUUCAGUGCCAA